UAAAACCCUAAAACAAAGACUCAGCAGCUGUAUCAAAUCAAAACUUCUGCUGCAUCACAAGCUCGCCGGAAAACCCACAAGCUCGCCGGAAAACUCAGGCAGACUUGGUCGUUGUAGGGAGAUAAUCCACCGCCACAAACUCUUCCAGGUGAAAUUAUUGGAAGAUGAAGACACUUACCGGCCGUUGUGAAUCACCGAAAGCGAUAUCACUUUCAAAAGCUACCAAAUUUUUAUCAAGUUUUGUCGCUGCUGACAAUGGUGCUUCACAAGCUAUUACUGCAUAUCUCCACCAUGCUUCCGCGGCUUUCAACGAUCUCAAUAAGCUUCAUAAGGAUCUUAGGAAGAAUCGCCAAAGCCACGCAAUAGACGAUAGUGGUAGACUGGUGGGAAGUUCUGUUAGGAGUAGUAGUGUUGAUGUUAAAUUGGAGAAUGAGUUUCGGAAUGUUGAUGUUAAAUCGAAACAAGAACUUAAUGGUUCGGUUGUGAGUGGAAGUGAGAAGCGUGAUAAGAAAGAUAAAAAGAAGAAGAUUGAAUUUGGAGAUAUUGAAGGUGAUGGUAAUGUACCGAAAAAGGAAGAAAAUGGAAUAGAAUUAGGUCGGGGUGGUGAAGGGGGGACGGAGGAGGGAAAGAAACAAAAAAAGGAGAAGAAGAACAAGAAGGACAAGAAUCUUGAAGUUGAGAAUGCAAAGGAACAAGAACAACAGAAAGAGGUGGAGAAAAAUGUGAAGGUUGAGAAUGGAGGGCUAGUUGCUCCUCAGGAUUUAGAAAUUAGGUCAAAAAUGAGAAAUGAAACUGGGAGUGAGAAGCUGAAAUUGCAAAGUGACAAGAAUUCAGAAGUUGAAAAUGCCAAGGGACAAGAACAACAGAAAGAGGUAGGGAAAAAAUUAAGCAACGGUGUGAAGAGUGAAAAUGGAGGGUCGAUUGGUUCUCAGGACAUUGAAAUUAGGUCAAAAAAGAAACAUAAAGCAGGGACUGAGAAUAAAUUAGAUGCUGAAGAGGUAAGUACGGAGAAAAAGAAGAGGAGGAAGAAUCAAGACUUGGAAGAGAGAAGUGAAGAAAGGUCGGGAGAACGUUCUAAGAAGAAAAUGAAAAGGAAACACGAGGGUUAGGCUUAAAUUUAGGUCUUCAUUAAUUUCACUUGAUAGUCGUUAAAUCUAUAUCAAUUUUGAUCAAUGAUUUUCACUCACAAGGCUGCAUACACUGUGGCAUCACUUUUUUUAUUAUCAUGGAACAUAAGAGGAGUUUGCUUCUUGAUUCCUCUUCUACAUUGUUAUACUAGGGUUAUGCUUUACUUUAUGUGUUUAUUUGAUGAAGAAUUUUCACUUGUAAGGUUGCUAACAUUGUGGCAUCACUUUUGUACUGUCAAUUGUCAUAUUACAGAAGACAAAUUUGCUUCUUGAUUCCUCUCCUA